UCAUCUUCCCCCCGAAAUUUGGGAUCGCAUUUUCGAUUUCCUGCCAUUUGGACACCAGCUCAGAACAGCCACCGUUUGCCGUGCCUGGAAUGGACGCGUAGCUCGAUGGGCCACUUUACGGCUAUCGUGCCUUGGUCACAGAAGCAAAGACCAUAUUUCAGCAAUCAGUCAGUCCCUGCGAAACUACAAAAAUUUCUCUGUGGAAACGCUGAAAACCGAUGAAGACUACCAGUGCAUCCAGAAACCAGUAAAAGAGUGCGAACGCAAAUUCACCGUUCAAAAGUUUCGCUUCGGAUAUGUUACUGCUGCAAUGUUGGAACGAUUUGUUCAGGAACAUUUCGAAUGGUUCUGUACCGUGCGAAGUCUGCUAAUACAUCUAACCGAUGAUGGACGGUUUGCAAUGGAUGUUUUGCAAAAUUUAUGACACCUUCGAGAACUACGACUGCUGAAUGUGUGCGAUACGACAGUUGAUUGGACCGUAAUUCGAUCUGCUUUCCUUACAAAACUAACGAUAGAUGCAGCCUGGUACUUCAACGACGAGGCACUGGAAGAGCUUCUGGAUGCGGUAAGCAGUUGUAGGAACCUGACGGAUUUGACGCUACGUUCGAACGAUACGGCAAGCUUGGGAAGGAUAGCCGACAGUCUGCCACGUCUGGAAAGGUUGACCAUACUUAGCAUGACCGUACGUUUGGCAGAAGAAGUUUUGAGUUUUCCUGUUCUCAAAUACCUAAACUUCGACAUCGAAUGGUUUGUGUUCGACAAACCGUACCUUGUUCUACGGACUCCGGUGCUACAGUCCCUUAAAAUAUCUAAAAAAACGAUUCACUUUGUAAAGUUCUCCGAAUGUACCCGGAUUUCGCGCUUGAAUCUUUUCGGUCACAGUUUAUCAACCGUGCAUCCUUGUUUUGCGUCAGUGAAAGAGCUGAAUCUGACCACGUGGGAACCGCCCAAUCAGGAAGCUGUCGUAGAGGAAAUACAGCUGUUCCCCAACGUCCACAAACUGUCUGUGAAGCUUUGCUCCAAAGAAUGCACCAUAGCGGUACCGGAAGCCGUCAUUUUUCGACACGUUAUGCGUUUGCAUUUGAAUAACUUCGUGCUGUCGAUGCAGUUUUUUGCGGAAAUCGAACAGAUGCAAUUGUUGGAGCACCUAUCGCUGGAAGAAUGCAACUUCUUCCCGGAAUCGACCGUCCUCGGCGACCAAGCAAACCUGUCGCAUCUUAGCUAUUUCAACGUAAAGCGAGUGUCCAUGGCCAUGACGGUGGAAAAAUUCCCCAUAAUCACCAACGAGAAUCAGCCUCCCAUCGAGAUUGUAGACAAACUUCGAACGCAUCUUUGGCGGAACGAUCAUUUCAAUGUUUUUAGCUCCCGAAGCGACUAGUAUUAACCGGUUGAUUUGGCAGCACUGAUACUACUGUUCAUGGUAAUUUAAAUUCAUCCAUUCAUUCGUCCGCCAUCGCACAAACACAAAUGAAGCUUCAUUCAUUAAUCAAAAAUACUACGCACAACAGCUGAUCGUCUAUCAAAUAUGGCAACAGUGCAGGCACCCUUCGCCCAGCCAGCACAUCAGUCAAAACAAAAACAUAAACAUAAACAGUCACCACUGUAAGCAAUCACAAGAUGUCGUUCGACGUUUUACCGGCGGAAAUACUGCAGAAAAUUUUCGACUACAUCCCAGGGGUCGAGCAGCUGCAGAAAACCGCAAUCAGCCGCCGCUGGAACCGGCUGACGCUGCGGGAGACGUAUUUGAUUUUGGCCUACGGUGAGCAGGUCAUCAGUGAGAGGAUUCUUCGACGCACCCAGAGGGGCUACUGUUGCUUUUCGAUCGAAUUUAGUGAAGCGUACGCGGUACUGAAACCGCGGCUGCAGAUAUGCGCGGAGAAGUUCUUCCUCCGGAAGUUAAUUCUGGAUGGUAUUCAGACCUACGCCCUGGUUCAGUUUGUUAAAGAAUACCGUAAUUGGCUACGGGGUGUGGUUCAUCUAUCCGUGACACUAACCAACCAGGUCGAUUCGGGCAGCGAAGAUGAUCAUUUGGAUUUGCCACGAUUGCGAGUUCUAUCGUGGACCUGUGGCACCGAAGGAGGCAGCCCGGUUCUGCCAAAGUUUACAUUGAAUGCCCCGGCAUUGGAGGAUGUGUAUGUGGAAUGUGCAGAUACAGACCGAACGCCAUUGGUAUUGGAGCACACGACGAAUCUGAAGUCACUCGGAAUUUUCGUGCCGAAGCUUAUCCCCGCCAUGUGCCCCAAUGGACUGCUUGUCCUCGAUUGCUUGAGAAUCUACAAUUCGAUGAGACCGUUUUCCUGGGAUCCACAACAAUUUGGUCUACCUCGACUGACGGUUCUCGAGCUCUGCGGCUGUACGGUGAACAACGAAUCGAUCUCCAGUUUGCAACACUUUCCAAAUCUGGAAACUCUCAUAAUCCAAACGGAAACGACAAACCUGAUUAAUCUGCACAUCAUAGCAAAUUCGUUACCGAAGCUCAAACAACUUCGUCUCUUCGACGUCAAAUGGACGCACAAUGCGGACAUUCUGACCUUCCCAGCCCUCCAGGUGCUCGACGUUAACGAUACCGUUCAAACGGGCGACGGUUGGCCACUGGAGAUCAACGCUCCGCAUCUGAUCACCCUCAAAGGGACCGCCUUCAAUCUGCUCGGAUUUGAGCUGACCAAUCCAGUCAGCGUCAAAUGCAUGAUCAUGUACGGUCUGUACCUCAACUAUUUCCACCCGCGACUGUUUGCAUCGGUUAUGAUACUGCACAUCGACGUGCCCUGCGACAACCGGCAGCUCAUGAUCACCGAAUGUAUCCACCAGUUCCCGAAUCUCACCCGGCUCACGUUGGUCCUGCACGAAAAGCAAUCGACCGUGAGUAUCAAUGGCCAUUUGCUCGCCAUAAGUUUCAUACACCUGCGUUAUCUGCAUCUGCGGAACUUCGAUCUGGAUUACAACUUCCUGGUUGGGAUGGGAAAGUGUCUCAAGCUGAGGACACUGGUCCUGCAGGAUGGCACACUGAACGUAACGCCGGACGACAGGCCGGUGUACUUCUCCGACCAGCAACUUUUUUUCCUGCAGAAUGUGAAGAUUCCGAAGGACGUGACGUCGUUUCCGGUGUUUAAUCCGCCGACCAAGAUGAUCCUUUCGCUGGCCGAUGGCAACGUUUUUAGCACCCUCAAGUGGGACGAGAAGAACAUCAAAAGCGCAGAGGACUACGUCACAUUUCUGCUCUGGUGAAAAAAGGGGGGUUAACACUUCAUAAUCAUAUGAUAAGUCAGUUUUCAUCGUAUUGUAUUUUAUGUGUGCAUUUUUGAAGUUUGAUAAGA